AAUUUUGCUGACAUCUUGACAUAAACAUUCAUCAUAAAGAAAAGCAAAAAAAAUGGCUACUCACAUCCUUUAGGGACUGUUCCUUACUUAUGAGGGGCGAGGGUGGUGAAAAGGGGGAAGCAUGUCAAAUAAUUUUUUAAGCACUCGGGAGGGAUUAAUGUUUUUUUAUUUUGUCUUAGGGAAGGGGCAUACAACUCUAAAUGGCUGUAUUUUGAAUUUAUUUUAUUGCUGAUUUAAAAAAAACAGCAAGGCAAAUCGCCUAAAUUACACACUUCAUCAUAGCCAGAGAACUUAUCAUUGGAUUUUCACAUUUCUGAUGCGAUGAAUGCUUCAGUCAGACAAAAAAAAGAAACUACGUCCUUCUUUAAAUUUUGGCCACAGAUAAACCAUUGGCACUAACUAACCAGAGUGCAUGACAAAUGAGAGACCAAGGCCUUUUGCAACUUUUUUCAACUUUUGGGCUAACAAAGAAAAAAAAAAAAACUUUAUUGAAUACAUUCAAUACAAUGUACAUUACAGAUUUUCAGUCUCAAAGUCGUAGAAAAUAUAUCUCAUAACAUGAAAAUAAUGUAAAAAUAAGUUGCACAGAAAUAAAAUGUAGGGAAAAGAAAGAAACAUAACGAAAACAAAAAUCCUCAGGGUCUAUGAAACAGAUGGAAUAAUACUGAAGUGUCUAAAUAAUCGUUUAAUAAUAGUUUUUGCCAGUUUAUAAUUUUUUAAUUUUAGAUUUUCAGUAGCAAUCAAGACUGUUUUAAAGUUGGUAUCUCCAAAAAUAUAAUGGGAGGGUGGUCUAUUAGGCCAAAUCAUUUUAGGCUUUGUUCUUUUCAUCAGAUGAGAAAUUGGUAUUGUUAAAAAUAAGUAAUUUAUAAAUCUUUGUUGGCGUGACAUCUUUUAUUCAGAAUGUUUAAAAAGGAUCCUCUGUAAAUCAAAUCAAAAAUAAGUGGCAUGAAAACAACCUUCACAUUUGGGAAGAAAUCACAGAUAUUAGCUUUAACCUGUGUACAAGUUUAAAUAGAAACUCCUUGAUUCUAUUUGGAAAUAUAUAAUCAUGAGGUAACAGCAAGAUAUCGUCCAUCGUUUUCUAUUUAAGUAUAACUAUCUUGCUAUCUUGCUCAAGAUGACUUCUGCUAAAGGCGUUAAUGCACUUUCUAUCAGAUAUAGAGACUCCAUUAAUAGUAAGCGGGCGUUCUCUUAAAGAUAGUGCAUUAUGGUAAUAGGGACUUUAGUAGUAGAGGUAUUAUCUGGUAGCUACUGUAGCUGGUAGCUGUCAAAAAAUGCAGUAAAAAGUGCAAUAUUUGCCUCUGAAAUGUUGUGGAAUGCAAGUUUAAAGCAGCAUAUUAUGGAAAAACUUAAGUACCUCAAUUUAAUGACCCUGUAUGUUACACUGCCGUGGCAUAAUUGUGGGGUUGGGAUCAGUAUUGCACUUUAAAGUUACGCUAUAGAGUUAUGGAAACUACAAGAGACAGAUUUUAAACAUUAGGCCACCCCUGCCUCCUAAAUCUGCACCCCCAGUUUGUAACACAAGCCUUCAAGCUUAUAGAUUAAGAUGUUAAAUCUUGAGCCUACACUGAGAUAACCUUGAUGACAUCAGCAGAGUAGGGUUUUUGACAUUGAAAAGCUCCUUUUAAGGGCCACAGGAAAUAGGCAGCGUGCCUCACAUGUAAAAUCAGCGUAGUGCCCAUUGAAUCCAUCGAUCAAAAUUCAAAACAUAAAAAGCUUUUAGUCCAAAAAUGUCACAGUCAGCUCUCAAAACCCAUCAUAACCGUAUAGAAAUCAACACGUCAUCUACAUCUGUUGAGGUUCAGGAAUUCUUUAAGAACAUAUAUAGCCUAUAACCUGUUGUUAAACAGUUAGCCUGAAGUUACCAGGAAGAACCUUUUUUAAUGAUUAACUGACUAAAGAAAGUAAAAAGUGCAAGUAAAGUAAGAGUAAAAACAAAGAAAGAAAAAGAAAGAGUGAGGUUGUGUUGUAAGUGGGGCAAAUGAGCAAAAGCAUGGCUGUAAAGACGCGUAUGUGUACAUAGCAGGUAGCUAAGCCAUAGAUUAUUUAAGGUCCAUUAAUGCAAUCAAUAAAUCUUUUCCCAAAGAACACUUAUUCGCCUUCCUGACUGUAGGGUUUGCCUUAACAGGGACUAUCUGAAACUGUCCCUCCAGUGAAUCGAUGUGGCCUGUGAAUGAAAACAUGCUGUUGUUGUUUGAAAUACACCACACGGUGGCGAUAGAGACCAGAGCAGCAGGCAGACUUCUCCUCAUCUCCUGCGUUUGCUGUGUCAUCUGUGAUUCCUGACGUCAUUGUUACAGAUGCAGGUGUUUCCCGGAGGUGUAAAAAAAGUGUUCAUGUUUUAUUCGCGUUUGUUUCAUUAAUAAAAAUAAAACAAAACAUUUAAAGGAGGUUGUGUGAAGAUGUUGGCAUUGGGUCUCUACAGUGGUCAUCCAGGUAGUGGCCAUUUUAUAUCAAAUGGAGAAUAUGCUUGUCAAAAGUGUGUCUGGGCUGCAGUUAAAUGAAAUCCAGUUAUUUUGUCUGAUGUGUGCAUCACUAUGAAUUAAAUCCUCGCAGCUGUGGGAGCGCACGAUUUAUUUCAAAGGGGGCAAAUGAAUCCUCAGACUUCCACUCAUGUUGGAGAUCAUACACUUGCAUUUCCAUAAUUUUUCACUCCAUGCAUUAUUCACAAGGAAUUUCUCUGAGGUGCACAUUUAGAUGGGGAUGGUGCUUGUGUAAUGAAGGCUAAUUUCCCCGGUGACACUGCCCCCCAAAUGAAUCCGUCGGACCCCCCUUUUACACACAGAGUGAGGAGGAGAGUCUGUAUACACACAUUGAAAGUCUCUCUCUCACACACACAUGCACUCACACACCCCUUGCGGUGUUUUCCGGGAUCACGCCACCGCUUCCACUUGGGAUCCACACAGCAGCAGCAGCAGCAGCAGCGAUAUGGCUGAUCAUCACCACACGGGACGGUGCUGUUUAUAAGCGAAAGUAAAGACAAAUAAUGCGUAAUUACAGGUCAACAAUGCGCGUACUGAGGCCACGGGACACUGCGACACACCGUGCAACCCAGGGAUAAGAGUUACCCGGCGAGUUAAGAGGCAAAUCCGGUGUGUUUUACGGCAAACUAGUUGGAGGAACUUGUCGCAGUGGAUCCAUCCCAGCGUGCCGCCUGGAUUACCAUACACAAGUGGAACAAUAGUCUCCUGCAGCAGGAACACUAGCAGGCCUGUGGGCCCCGGUGGUGCGGUCGAGAAGAUGGACAGGAUGAAGAUAAUCAAGCGGAGGCUGUCCAUGUCUCUACGCAGCGCUAGGCCCGUCGACGACUCCCUGUCGGAGCUGGCUGAGCAGAUGGCCUUGGAUGAGCCAUCCGCAGCCAGGGACAACGGUGAGACACGUGAACAAGUGCACUCACACACAGAGCCCAUGGUGGUGUGCGCCGUGCACCCUCCUGCCUCACACAGCGCUCCCUCCUUCCUGCGUCAAUAUGCCGGUCAUCUGGGCCGCACCGCCCUGCGCAGAGAGCCGGGUGGGGGGCUGGAAAGAGACAGAGCCUACCUGAGCCUGCACAGGACUGGAUCUCUGGGUAUCGUUCAUGAGAAUGUGAAGAUGGGUUCAGAUGGGGAGAGUGACCAGGCAUCUGGGACGUCUUCUGAUGAGGUCCAGAGUCCAGUUAGGGUUCGUAUGAGGAACAACCACCAUCGGCGCAUCUCUAACGAGGACAUAAACAAACGUUUGUCCCUCCCAGCUGAUAUCAGGCUACCGGAGGGCUACUUGGAGAAGUUUGCCAUGAACAGCCCGCCUUUUGACAAGCCCAUGAGCCGCAGGCUACGGCGUGCUUCGUUGUCUGAAAUCGGCUUUGGGAAACUUGAGACCUACAUCAAACUGGACAAACUAGGGGAGGGGACCUACGCCACAGUGUUUAAAGGGCGAAGCAAGUUAACAGACAACUUAGUAGCCCUGAAAGAGAUCCGACUGGAGCACGAGGAGGGUGCGCCCUGCACAGCUAUCCGGGAAGUGUCUCUACUGAAAGACUUGAAGCACGCCAAUAUUGUCACUCUCCAUGACAUAAUCCACACUGACAAGUGCCUGACACUCGUGUUUGAGUAUCUGGAGAAAGAUCUGAAGCAGUACAUGGAUGACUGUGGGAGCAUCAUGAGUGUUCACAAUGUCAAGAUAUUCCUAUUCCAGCUGUUGCGAGGUCUGGCGUACUGCCACAGAAGAAAGGUCCUCCACAGAGACCUCAAACCCCAGAACCUCCUCAUCAAUGAAAAAGGAGAGCUCAAACUGGCAGACUUUGGUUUGGCACGAGCCAAGUCUGUCCCUACAAAGACCUACUCCAACGAAGUCGUAACACUAUGGUACCGACCACCAGAUGUGCUUCUGGGCUCCACUGAGUAUUCUACACCUAUUGAUAUGUGGGGUGUGGGCUGCAUCUUUUAUGAAAUGAUCACUGGCAGACCUCUCUUUCCUGGAUCGACUGUGGAGGACGAGCUUCACCUCAUAUUUCGCAUCCUUGGUACUCCUACAGAGGAGACUUGGCCUGGUAUCACCACCAGUGAAGAGUUUAAGACGUACAACUUCCCACGAUACCACGCAGAGCCUCUCGUCAACCACGCACCCAGGAUAGACAACGAUGGUCACGACUUGCUCUCAGUGCUUCUACAGUUUGAGGCUAAGAAGCGGGUAUCAGCCGAGGACGCUCUCAGACACUCAUAUUUCCGAACUUUUGGCGAGCAGGUUCAAAACCUGGCGGACACUGCAUCCAUCUUCUCUGUAAAAGGCAUUCAGCUCCAGAAAGACCCAGGGAAGAGAUCCUCAGUCUACCCAGAGUCAACCCAGGGGAAGAGCAGGAGGCAGAGUGUGUUGUUUUAGUGCUGGCGGGGGCGCUGAGGUGAGGAGGACGGUGACACAUGGAGCUGUCCUGUCAGACAUACAUUCACUGACCCUGCCACACACACACUGAAGGAGCGACACACACCCUGCCGCAAAAACACACAGACACACACACAGACACACACACACACACACACACACACACACACACACACAGAAGAAGAAGAAAACACACACGUACACACCAACAUGGAAACAAAACCACACAGAAUUUAGGUUGAAGAAUUCAUACUUGACGAUUAAAAAAAAAAAAUAAAGACUCAGCUCAACCCUAAAGACAGAAAAAUAAGUGACGAGAGAAGUGCGGAGAUUCUGGGGGAAUGGUGGGAGAGUACAAGAUUCUCCUUGCUGCUACUACCGCUGCUGUCCAGAAGAGGGCAGCGUUCAGGACGUGGGCCGACUCGGCUCUUUUUUUGAACAGAACUUGCUGCAUCAGUGAGCUGUGAGGACGGAGGAGUGAGAUACGAUUCAAAGGCGAGGAAAGAGAGAGAGGAAACCUGUCACUUUCUCUUUUGCGCUUUUAUUUUUAUUUAGUUUGGACUGUUGUUGUACAUAAAGAGACUGAGCUGUAGAACUCUGCUUUUUUUUUGUUUCAUAACACGCCUCAGCCUGAAUCCAAACUCUGAAUAUUGCACCUCAACCCUAAACCCCUCGCCUAACCUCUUGGCCCUUUAUUACACAAACAACACACACAAUUUCUCUCUUUCUCUUUCUCUCAUUCUCUUUCUGUAUCUCUCUAUAACACACACACACACACACACUUAUGAUUCACUUGAAAGUUAAGAGUGUGUAGAUCAGUGGAGUUUACAAAGAUAAACUUUAGCACCUUAUUGUCCAGUAGAGGUCAGGGUGGCUGUCAUUACGUUACCUCAUCAGUCACUCGAGCAGAGUAGGAUGUAAAGUACAUGCUAGAUAAUAGAAUGAAGACGAAUCAAAGUAACAAACCAAAAAAAAAAGCAAAACAAUGACUCACUAACCACGUAGGACAGAUGUUUUUACCUUCACCUCUGGAAUUGGACACUACACUGCGAUUUAAAAACACUCACAAACCAGUAGGAGACAGUAACUGCAUUUGUCACAUUGCUCACAUGCUGUAAAGACCACCACGCUGCACCUGUUUCAGUCCGCAACAAGGACGACCUGUAAGGACGGAGAGAUAAAGGAAGUGUACAAAUCCUCACGUGCUUAUUCUCAGACGCCCCCCCUCUCCUCUUUUGCCUUGACUCAGAAGUUGUCUUGAUCUGUUGUGUGACGUUCAGGUGUUGAUGUUCAAAAACGUUCUCCUUGCACCUGAUUUUACCUCUUUAGACCACGAGUAGACCAUUGGACAACCCCGAACCUCUCCUGCCCGACUCCACUUGCAUUUAUUUUUACUCUUUUUUUUCCUGUAUAUAUGAGCAUACUUUUUACGUGUCAGAAGCAAUGAUAAUUCCAGGAUGCUGUUCUCAGUCUUUACUGUGUUCCCACCGGAACAGUGCGGCGACUGGCUGGGGACGUGUUGCACAUUCCUUGAGCUCAGGACUUAUUGCUAGUGUCGUUUUGUGGAUGCUGUGAGGCGCAGCCGGUCUUGUACGUCUCCCCAGUAGAGCAGUGUUUCGAACGUGGCCCGAAACCCCAAAGCUGGUGCAAACUGUACGUGAGGGAGAAGAAUCGUUUCUCAGCAUCAACCUGUCAGUCGUCUGUGUCACACUCUGUUCAUUUGACCAUGAUAUUGCUGUUCAGUGACUACCUAACCCAUGUCUGCACUUGUCAUCUUCUUCAAGCAUGUUUGUGUAUUUAACACUCAGUUGGUAUGUGAAAUAGCUGCUGCCGGAAAAAGAAUAGUUGGUUUGAACUGUGCAUGGGACAUGAGCUUAUUACAUGAUUUUUCUUCACACCACAUUAACCUGUAGUGGCUCCUCAGUCAGUCUGGAGACUGUGCUCUUAAAUAAGAUGAAGACAGUGACAACACAUUAUUCAGCAGCAAUGUCAUGUGCUGCCAGCAUUGGGACCAGAUAGUUUGUAUGACAAAUCUGACUCAGCUUCAAGGUGUGUACAGUGCAGUUACAACUGUUGCGUAGCCUGUAUAACUGGGUGCUAACAUCUCGGAGUAUUAAGCAGGACUUGAGGCACUCAGACACACUGUUGUUUCCCGCUUAUAUUGUCACAGGCUGCCAGAAACAACAGGACCAAAGUCAAGCCUCCCCAAGCACCAGGUGUUCAAGCACACAACUGUUCCACACACCAAUCAGUUGACUUGUCAACAUGUACUGUAUCUGAGAGAUGGCCUGUGAGUGUAGACUGGAGUCUCCCGUUCCUCAGGCGCCGACCUCGGGUCACUUCCACAUCUUUCUCUGAAGUAGAUUCACAAAGGGUGAAGUGAUCCCUCGUCUUUGCCUGUCAGAAGGACUACUUAUUUACCCAGAGUGUGACAGUAUGUAGCAUGUACAUAGAUGAUCCCUCACUCUGUAUAUACAAAAGUGUACAGGUUUGAUACAGCUAUUCACACUCUGGCUUUUUUCUUUUUUCUUUUUUUGCUUUUCCUUAAUGAAAGUCAUAGCAAUAUUUCUGUAAUCAAUAAAAAAGCCAAGGUAAUAGGAA